AUGCAGAUCUCGACGACAAGGCGCAUCGAUUGCAAGCCCGACCAUCACACCUCGCACGAGCGGGGUGGACUACGGAAUGCAAAGAAGCGACACGCCAGGCGAGGCGAGCACGACGACGAUGGACGCGAAGCGGACUCGACGCCGACUAUCUAG